AUGUUGGGAUAGCCCAACUGAAUGAAUGAAAUUACGAAUUGGCAAGUUGAAUCUGCAUAACUUGGACUUGCGCAAUUUUAGGGUUUUCCGAAGUAAAAGCCUUAUAGGACCUGCAGUAAACUCAUUCAACUUUAGCCACUUGAACUAUACUGAGCUACAGUAUCUCGUUGAAAAUAGAGCAUUUGCAAAAAUGGCAUCGAAAACCUGUUCAACUUUACUAUUUGUCUACUUAAUUGGAUCCACUUUAUGUGUAAUUCCUGAAGGAGAGUAUCAAAUUGGCCCUGUUUUUGGACCAGGUCCAGCAGCCAGAUUUUUUGGCCAUAAAUAUUUCGAAGCCUUUGUGGAUAAAGGACAGCUGAAGCCUCUGUUGGCGAAAAAGGCAUUGCUGGGAGUCGUGGGUGUGGGUGCUGUUGCAGCUGCGGGGGGUGCGGCCCUCAUUGCCAAGAAAAUCCACGAGAGCAAAGGUUUCGGACACGGAUUAGGUGGGGGUGGUCAUGGGGGUUGGUACCCACCGACUCAGGGGGGUUCAGGGUGGGCUCCCUCUUAUUCCGGGAAUGAUUACAGCCAGGGUGGCGGAUAUGGAAACGUGAACUUCCCUGCCACGACGGACUAUCAUUACCAAUCUCAGACCCCGGGUCAAGUGUACGGCACCAACGGGUACGAGGACAACAGCGCGUACAACAAUGGGUACGACUAUGGAGGUGGAUCAAGCAAUGGAUAUUACGGGUGGUCACGAUAAUCGUCACACUUCGUCCAUGUCCUUCCACAAGACUGAUGUUUCUCCGUUCAAUAUGUUCAACUUUUUUCAUUAUUCUCAAAUGUGUCGAAUACAAGGUUACCGCUUUCAUGUUGAAAGAUUUUAAUAUUUUUGUAAGUUCAUAUUGACCACCCAUUGUAAUGGUCGAGAGUAUUUAAAACGUUUCUAAUAAACCCAGUUGCCAAAAGUA